AUGAGCAUGCCACGAGGCUUCACAGUCAACGGAAUCGGCCGUUUGGGCAUUAGUAUGGAGAAUCCAAGGGGCCCUGUGCCUGCUGUGCCUGUGCAGGAGAACAGCUUAGAGUUCACUGGUUUGGCGUUUGCUAUACACGCAGGCCUAUCUAUUCUGGAAAAGGCCCAGGGGCGCCAAGCCUUGCAGAAGGUUGGACAGAGUGUCAUCGAAGGAUGGGCGAAAGAAGACCGCAUGGUGUUUGGGGGGGACCCAAAUCAAAUGCCAAGAUACGUGGACGAGUUCCUUCGCGCCAUUCGAAGUGACUUCCCCAAUGUUCUCAUUGCUGAUGUCGGCGGCCUCGAUGUUAUCGCCGAAACGAGACGCAUUCCUGGCUGGGAUGGGAAUCUGUUUCAUUAUGUUCCAAAGAUGGCCACUGGAAUAUUCUUUAACAAAACUCGUGUUACUCAAAUGGCAACCGCAGCUGCCCAGGCCAACAACAGCAGCAGCAAUGGGAAGAAAAUGGCCGCGAGAUAUAAGUCAUUCUUAUUCAUGCUAGCGGUGGCCACCACUCACGAGCUGACUCACUGCUUUGUUGGUUAUCUUGCCCAAGGGCAGCAAGGCUUUGAAUCAUAUACGCCACUUCAAACCACACACCUGAACUACGUUGGAUUGCGACGACGCGGGCACCCUGUAUCCGGAGAAUCAGGACGAUGGCUUGAGAACUACUUGUUCGGUGGAUCUAUCGAGUUCUACAGGGAUACUGCCGACGAUGCUGGUCAGGCAGGAAUCCCCCACAUUCUCAAUGAGAAUGGCAAGGCAUUGAGAAUAAAGUCAGACUGUAUAAUCCAGCUAGUGACAAAGAUUGACGAAGAAUUCCGCACAUUCCCCUUUGCGACAAGUGGCAAGCUCUUAUCAAACGAAGAUAGGAGGGCAAAGGGGCUGCUUAGUUUGGGCUCAACAGAUGCGGCUGGAGUACAAGAAAGUGGUACAUUCAUGCGUGCCUUCAGGGAGGUACCCCGCGUUCUUCACAACAUCUCAGCCAACAUGCUCUCUGACGCUGUUAUUCGUCCCGCAAUGAGUGUUGAAACUCUUGGAACUGUUUUGAAUACUCUUGGACAUGGAGCAACAGUUCUAGCACCCUCUCGAGGAAAGAAGAAGAAGAAGAAGAAGAAGAAGAACAAACGCCGUGGCAAGAAACCUCAGCCAACUACCGAUCAAGAGGAGCCUCGAAAUGACGAUACAUCAGCGACUACGUCUUGA